GUGAGCUGGGAAUACUUUCACUGUGAAUUUCCCCUCCAGUGACUGACCCAGUCUGGUAACAUGACUUACCGCAAUUCACACACAAAAGCUCCUUUAACUCAUGUCUCAUUUCCUUGUUGCUGUGUGUCACAGUCUGGUCAGUCCUUGGAACUUUCCCUGUCUGAGUGUCUAGUGGUCAGUGGUCAGUGGUCAGUAGUACUAAUAAUAGGACUUCUAUUCUUGUGUGUGUGUUGCGUGUGUGUUCAGGCCCAGUCAUUGGAGAGUUCCUGCCCUUGCUAAUGCCCCUUCUGCAGAACUGUCUCGACCCAGAGAGAGACCCUGAGAUGAGACUACACAUGUUCACCAUGCUGUCCAAACUGCUGCUGGACGCUACACACACACUGGACUCCCAGGGGAGGUUCUGCGAGCACCUGGAUGUGUUUCUAUUGGAGUUGCUGCUACCUAACCUGGUGUGGAAGGCAGGUCGUACUGCUGCAGCUAUCCGUACCUCAGCUCUCAGCUGUCUGCUAGCCCUGCUGCAAGGGGGAGCCAUCCCGCCCAGCCAG